UUAUGGCCAGGCGGCAUAUUGGUUCUAUCCUCAUAAAAAGGUCUAGAGCAGUCAUUAUUUUAUGUUUUGCUUUUGUUUAUUUCCUUCCCAUUUUCCUCAAAAUCAGCUCUUGCAAGUUUGUUUGCUUCACCUAAAAUAUCACUUUUCAACUAAUCGCCUCUAAUGAUGUUCAAUCGUUUAUUUUUAAAUUGAAUGACAUUCUUUUUAAUUCAGAAAUUUAUCAAUAAGUUAUUAAAUAUGCAUAUAUUUAAGAUUAUAAACUAAAUAUAAUGAACUAAUGGAUAUUAUAUUUUGACAAAGCUUUGCAAAUGUUUUCGCAAUUUUAUUCCUUAAUUUUCCUUAUUACUCUAUUCUUUGUAUUCCAUCUACCGACUCUCUGUCUUAAACUGGAAUUAUUUCAAUUUUCUGAUGAAUUACAACCAAGAAUUUCUUUUUUUCAACAUCCUAUAAAUCUCAAAUUAGAAAAUGCAAUGCGUGAACUUCAUCGUAUAAAUACAGAUCGGGAUACAAUUAGUGUGAAUAAAAAGCGUAGAGCUUUAAAACUAAAUGAACCACCAAUUCUGCCACAUCUUAACGGAAUUUGUCAAAAGAGUUUAAAAAGCGAGCGAAAUAUAUGCUAUCCUCGCUAUGAGGAGUUGGACAGUAGCUGUACAGAUGCAGCAACUAGCAAUGAACGCUCGGGUUUAGUCGCUCCACCUGUCAUUCCAAAUGCUUUUGCUCGCUCUUUUCUUUUUGUUAAAUACGGAUGUGAUCCAGGAUAUGAAUUGCAAGAUGAGGCUGAUACUAUGUUUUGCCGUGAUCGGGUUUGGGUGCAAACCCCUCCUAUCUGCAAGGGGAAAGGUCUUUGUGAGGUGGAUAAUGGCGGAUGUUCCCAUUCCUGUUUGCAAAUUUUUAUCCAUUUGACACAUGAAUUUCUAGGCAUCUCAUUCGAACAAAAUAGAACUUUGGAAUGCCGUUGUCCAAGAGGUUUAGUUUUAGAUGCGAACGGAAAAACUUGCAUCAAACCAGUUCCUAAAAGUUUAUGUCGAAAGGUGGAACCUGGAGGCAACUUGAAUAUUACUUGUUCUGCAGUAGCUUUUCCUUUCCCGGAGAUUGUCUGGGAACGGGAACAAGAAGAUACAACCCGAGGAAGAGCUGAUGUUCAUCUUACAACUACCGGAACUAAUAUACGAAGCGAGCAAUUACUUAUCAUUAAACAGGUUCGCAAAUGUUCGUUGGUUAAAGUAUAA